AUGCAGAACUCUGAAAAGUUAAAGCGCCAAGAAUUCUGCUUAUCAGCAUUUAUAUUUCCAAAUUGCAGAGAUGGUCGUAAGACACCUUCAGGCAGAGAUGGUCAUAAGACACCUUCAGGCAGAGAUGGUCAUAAGACACCUUCAGGCAGAGAUGGUCGUAAGACUCCUGCAGGCAGAGAUGGUCAUAAGACACCUUCAGGCAGAGAUGGUCGUAAGACACCUUCAGGCAGAGAUGGUCGUAAGACACCUUCAGGCAGAGAUGGUUGUAAGACACCUUCAGGCAGAGAUGGUCAUAAGACACCUUCAGGCAGAGAUGGUCGUAAGACACCUUCAGGCAGAGAUGGUCAUAAGACACCUUCAGGCAGAGAUGGUCGUAAGACACCUUCAGGCAGAGAUGGUUGUAAGACACCUUCAGGCAGAGAUGGUCGUAAGACUCCUUCAGGCAGAGAUGGUCGUAAGACACCUUCAGGCAGAGAUGGUCAUAAGACUCCUUCAGGCAGAGAUGGUUGUAAGACACCUUCAGACAGAGAUGGUCGUAAGACACCUUCAGGCAGAGAUGGUCGUAAGACACCUUCAGGCAGAGAUGGUCAUAAGACUCCUUCAGGCAGAGAUGGUUGUAAGACACCUUCAGGCAGAGAUGGUCGUAAGACACCUUCAGGCAGAGAAGGUUGUAAGACUCCUUUAGGCAGAGAUGGUCGUAAGACACCUUCAGGCAGAGAUGGUCGUAAGACACCUUCAGGCAGAGAUGGUCGUAAGACACCUUCAGGCAGAGAUGGUCAUAAGACUCCUUCAGGCAGAGAUGGUCGUAAGACACCUUCAGGCAGAGAUGGUCAUAAGACACCUUCAGGCAGAGAUGGUCAUAAGACUCCUUCAGGCAGAGAUGGUUGUAAGACACCUUCAGGCAGAGAUGGUCGUAAGACACCUUCAGGCAGAGAUGGUCGUAAGACUCCUUCAGGCAGAGAUGGUCGUAAGACACCUUCAGGCAGAGAUGGUCAUAAGACUCCUUCAGGCAGAGAUGGUUGUAAGACACCUUCAGGCAGAGAUGGUUGUAAGACACCUUCAGGCAGAGAUGGUCGUAAGACACCUUCAGGCAGAGAUGGUCGUAAGACACCUUCAGGCAGAGAUGGUCGUAAGACUCCUUCAGGCAGAGAUGGUCAUAAGACACCUUCAGGCAGAGAUGGUCAUAAGACUCCUUCAGGCAGAGAUGGUCGUAAGACACCUUCAGGCAGAGAUGGUCGUAAGACUCCUUCAGGCAGAGAUGGUCGUAAGACUCCUUCAGGCAGAGAUGGUCGUAAGACACCUUCAGGCAGAGAUGGUCGUAAGACACCUUCAGGCAGAGAUGGUCAUAAGACACCUUCAGGCAGAGAUGGUCGUAAGACUCCUUCAGGCAGAGAUGGUCGUAAGACUCCUUCAGGCAGAGAUGGUCGUAAGACACCUUCAGGCAGAGAUGGUCGUAAGACACCUUCAGGCAGAGAUGGUCAUAAGACACCUUCAGGCAGAGAUGGUCGUAAGACACCUUCAGGCAGAGAAGGUUGUAAGACUCCUUUAGGCAGAGAUGGUCGUAAGACACCUUCAGGCAGAGAUGGUCGUAAGACACCUUCAGGCAGAGAUGGUUGUAAGACACCUUCAGGCAGAGAUGGUCGUAAGACACCUUCAGGCAGAGAUGGUCGUAAGACUCCUUCAGGCAGAGAUGGUCAUAAGACACCUUCAGGCAGAGAUGGUCGUAAGACAACUGGCUGUUUAAGUGCGGCAGUCGCUUCUCUAGUUAAAUGA